GGGCAAAAAAUGUCACUGCAUCCACUAUUACGUUUGCUUCUUGAUAAGUCGGAAAACGGAGUUAACCAACCAGCUCUUAAUUUCUUACCAAAGGGACUCUAAUCUGGGGGCCAUUCAUACUUAUCUCCUCUCGAUCUCUCCAAUUACGCCUAACGCCUCCGAACUUCUGAUUGAUUGUAGGUGAUCCUCGAUACCCAUACAUUAUUCGACGAUUCCAUCUAUCUACAGGAAUCCUUCGCCUAUCUAUCAGCCCCAGGUCGAUCCUCAACUAUUUACGUCAUACCUUCCCUAUCUGCUUUAAGCCAUACCUUCAUUCUCGUCGGGUCGCCUGAAUUCUGAGUGAAAUUACGAUAGAUAGCAAUGGUGUUCUUCAGAUGCGUUUCUCUUAUGUCAAAGUUGCGCUCCCGAGCUGUUCAGCAGCCUAGUCUAUGCAAUUAUGUACGCUGGCUACAAGUUCAGACCUCUUCUGAUCUGGACCUCCGCUCGCAGCUGCAGGAAUUGAUUCCAGAACAGCAGGAACGUCUCAAGAAAAUCAAGUCAGAGCAUGGGAAAGUUCAACUUGGAAAUAUCACAGUAGAUAUGGUAAUUGGUGGUAUGAGAGGAAUGACUGGAUUGUUGUGGGAGACAUCAUUGCUUGAUGCAGAUGAGGGCAUCCGCUUUAGGGGAUUGUCUAUACCUGAGUGCCAGAAGUUACUACCUGCUGCAAAGCCUGGCGGAGAGCCUUUGCCUGAAGGUCUCCUCUGGCUUCUCCUAACAGGAAAGGUGCCAUCAAAGUCACAAGUGGAUUCCUUAUCUCAAGAUUUGAGAACCCGUGCUAUUGUUCCAGAUCAUGUAUAUAAAACCAUUGAUGCCUUACCUGUUUCGGCUCACCCAAUGACUCAGUUUGCUACGGGUGUCAUGGCUCUUCAGGUUUGUAGUGAGUUUCAGAAGGCAUAUGAGAAUGGACUACACAAAUCAAAGUACUGGGAAUCAACUUAUGAGGACUCCCUCAAUUUGAUUGCUCAAGUCCCACUUGUAGCAUCAUAUGUAUAUCGCAGGAUUUACAAGAACGGCCAUGUUAUACCAAAAGAUGACAACCUGGAUUAUGGUGCAAACUUUGCACACAUGUUAGGUUUUGAUAGCCCUGAUGUGCAUGAACUUAUGAGGCUCUAUGUUACCAUUCAUAGUGAUCAUGAAGGUGGAAAUGUUAGUGCUCACACUGGCCACCUGGUUGCCAGUGCCCUUUCAGAUCCUUACCUCUCAUUUGCAGCGGCGUUGAAUGGUCUAGCUGGUCCCCUCCAUGGUUUGGCUAAUCAGGAAGUGUUAUUAUGGAUCAAAUCAGUUGUGGAGGAGUGUGGGGAGAACAUAUCCAAAGAGCAGCUCAAGGACUAUGUCUAUAAAACCUUAAACAGCGGCAAGGUUGUACCUGGAUUUGGGCAUGGAGUUCUGCGCAAGACCGACCCUAGAUAUACAUGUCAAAGAGAAUUCGCAUUGAAGCACUUACCUGAAGACCCACUGUUUCAGCUGGUUUCAAAGCUUUAUGAAGUUGUUCCUCCUAUCCUUACUGAACUUGGCAAGGUGAAAAAUCCGUGGCCCAAUGUUGAUGCACAUAGUGGGGUGUUGUUGAGCUAUUACGGUUUAUCUGAAGCUAGAUACUAUACAGUCCUCUUCGGUGUAUCCAGAGCUAUUGGCAUUGGCUCACAGCUGAUAUGGGACCGAGCUCUUGGAUUGCCAUUGGAGAGACCAAAGAGUGUGACGAUGGAGUGGCUUGAAAAUCACUGCAAGAAAGCAUCUGGUGCUUGAAUUCUCUUUUUGCACUGAAUGCAUCAUGCAUUCCGAUGUUUUUUGUUUUAAUAAAUGCUUAACUUAUACGAUCCCCUUCUAGUUCUUCAGCUAGAUUUCACCUUUCCACCAAAGAAGCAUUUAUACCAUAUACAUUUUUGCCUUUUACACCAAUUUUCUACUAUUGUUAUUUGCAUAGGUUUUUUAGUGAUUCAUUGGGUGAUUAGCAUCCUGAGUUGGUUCUUAGAGCUGGAAUAAUGUAAACGCUAACAUAUUUGCAAUUUGCAAAUACGCAAACAAUGGUUUGAAUUUGAAAUGUGAAAAUGAUAUGAGAAUGAAGAGUUAUAUCUUAAUUGUGAUAUUGCAUGUUCAAAUAUAUUGAAAUGGUUACGAUUACCAAAUAGUUGUGGUAUCAUUUUCUCUCAUAUAAAGGUCAACAAGCUACACAAGAGCUACGAUUGAAGUUGGAUUUGUAAGCUCGACUUUAUAAGUUAUUUUUGUAUUAGAUUGUUAUAUUUAGGGGUGGGCAAAAAGAACCGUAACCGCGUAACCGUUAAAAAAUACCGAAUAACCAUCAUUUUUCUGGUUAAUCGUAUCGUUUUUUA